AUGGACACAAGUACUAUUGCAAUAAGCUUUUCAGAGCCGGAUGAACGUCAUGCACCAAGAGAACCAAGAAAAGGGAUCGAAAAUCUACCUGUUGAAAUCUCUCAUAAGAUACUUGCAAGCCUACCUGUGCUGCAUUUAGUUCAAUGCAGAUAUGUGUCACGAGCCUUGCGCCAGUUAUCACAUGAGGUGAGUCUUCUUAAUAUGCACCUGACCCGAAUAGGCAAGAAGAAUCCCAGCCUCAUUUUUCACUGCUUAGAUUCCACAGUAAAUAAGCUUCAUUUUGUGGAGUUGUCUGAUCCAAUUUGUGACAAUAAGACAGUGUAUGAAGUUGACAUACCUUUUCGUACAGUAAUGCCUGAUAAGGUUCAUAUACUAGAUUCCUGUAAUGGCUUGGUAUGCAUCUCAGAUGAAUUUUGCCGCGAUCCUUUUUACAUUUACAAUCCUUUUACUGGCAGAUACAAAAAGCUUUCCAAAUCAAAGCAGUUUCAGAAACAAACAGUUGAGGUUGGCUUUGGUUUAGAUCCAAUUAAUAACGAGUACAAAUUAAUUAAGAUGGUUUACUAUGAUGAUCCAUGCACUGGACUUUUAUCCCAGAAUGUCUUUACAUGUGGAUUUCCUUCUUAUCCUCACUCAGAAGUUCAAGUAUGUGAUAUUGUUAGCAACUCAUGGAGAAGCAUCGGAAGCAUACCUUGGCACUCCAGACGACAUUCUACCGGACAUUUUGGAUCACCACAUGAUAUCUUUUGUCUGAAUGGAAGGCUGUACUGGUUGAUGGGAUCAGAGGCACAGUAUGGCUAUAUUGACAUCAAUUGUGUCCCUAGAAUAAUUUCGUUUAAUCUAUCUGAUGAAGAAUUUCAAGUGGUCAAAAAACCUGCUUGUGGUAGCCUUAAUAAGCAUAAUUAUCUAUUGUUGGCUCUUGGAGGGUGUCUUUCAGCAGCAGUUUAUAGCAAUGAUGGCAAAGUGGAAAUGUGGAUAAUGAAAGAGUAUAAUGUACAAGAAUCUUGGAUCAAAGAGUUUGUUAUUGAAGCAAGCCCGCGGAAUAUUGAUGUUGGUGUGCAGCCAUCACCAAAUGUUACUUUUUUCUAUGUGCAUGGGAUCUGGGCUACUAGAGUGUUGCAUGGUUAUGCAGUUCGAGCUCUGUGUUUUCUGAAGAACGGGGAUGUUCUGCUAGAGUACAAAGAUGGGAAACUAGCUUCAUACGAUCCACAGAAUGGAGAAAUAACAGACCUGAAGUUACAGGGACUGCCUACAAGGUUUAACACAGUUGUGCACGUUGGUAGCCUUAAUUGGAUCGAGUAA